AUGGCUUCUUUGAUGGGAGCAGGAGCACUAACGGCCGCAACCCUUGAAGAUGAAGCAGCUCUAUCUCUUCGGCUCGUCUCUCUCCCUCGUGAACCUCUCUCUCUUCGACGCAAUCGUCUUUCUCCCUCAACGGUGGCUGUUCAUCCAAGCUUAACUCCAUCGUUGACAUCCACGAGAUUGACAAUUGGGAAUCGGGAACAACGAGGAGAAGGAGUGGGUUCCGAAUGUGACAAACCUUUUGGAACGGCUCCGAAUGUGAACCCGGGUGUUCCUGGUGCAGGACAUGCCAUACAGGGUGGGUAUGCGAAUCAGGCAAGUAUAAGCCUUGGAAUGAUGGGAAGCUAUGGAAAUCAAGGUGCAAUGCAAGGUGGCUACCCGAACCCGCAGAUAGGGCAAGGUGGUUCAGGAAGAGGGCAGCAUGGUGUUGGGCAAUCUGGUGGCGCUCCUUACUUGGGGCAUUAG